CCUGAAUACUGAGCACAUGCGCGCUGAAUGGGGGGAGGAGGUGUAUCACAGUCUGUCUGCUUCUCAUGUGUUCGGUUGACUCAAUUAUGGUGCGGAUCUCUUUUAUUUUCUAAUCAUCUGUUCUUGUGGGAAAAAAAGUGAAGAAGGGUUGUUGUUUUCUACAUUUAGAGACAUGCUAAUAAUUUGACACUUUGGAGCUUUUUUUUGUUUGAGUCUUUUCAUUAUUAGAUUUUUUUUCUAAUACUCGAUCUACCCAGCCGCAAACCUGAAGUUCAUCGUUAUUAUUUUAGCCGCCGGGAUGGUGGCCUUCGUCGGAGCGGUUAUCUGCAUCAUCGCCGCCGUCCACACCGGAUCCUCCAGGGCUGCCGCGGCUCAGCAGAGACCGCCAGCCGACAACCACUCUCUGUAUCCGGAUGUGCAUCAGAGCCGCGGCGCGUCGGGCUCCGUGGCUCGGCCCGGAUCUCUGGGAGCUCUCCAUGGUUCUGAAACACCCGAUUCAGAAUCACCCACUUUCAAUGUUGGUCUCGGAGGGCUGGACGGGGUCAGUGGACUCACCGGGCAUGACCCCACGGUGAGUCGACUCAUCUGCACACCGAUACCAGCUGGAGAGUGCAACCCGAAAAACUUUCAGCAACAAGCGGAUGAUCCGUCGCUGUACGCCGGGGAAGACUGGGGGUAUCUCCGGACCACCGCCGAGGAGCUCCGGCAGACCGUGCUGCAGCAGAAGGACCAGAUACUGACGGACCAGAGGACCAUCCAGGAGCUCACGGGGAAACUAACCGAGUGUGAGAAGGGGUUGGACGGCAAGAGCAUCGUGGAGAGACGAGGCAGCGCUGCGGGGCUGUGGGGGGGCAGAGCCACCGCGGAGGAGACGCACCUGGAGCGGGUCAUGGUGCGGGACAGCCCGGGGUCAACACCUGAGAGCGGCCACCUGCUCACCGUGAGGGCUGUGGAUGAGCUGGAGCAGGCGAUCACCCAGCUCAAAGACCGCAUAGAGAAACUGGAGGCAGACGUUGGCCCGUUUACUCACAACCAGACGGACAGCAGCACCUCAGGAGCGCCAGGAGAGGGCGUGACGACUGGCGGCCAGGAAAGGUUGGCUGAUCCAGGGCAGAGAGCUGGCGCUGAGAGGCCCUGUAGGGUGGAAGACCUGGAGGGGGAACUGGAGAAAAAGGUGGAGCUGCUGGAGAAAGAGAGAAAAAGCCUGAGGCUGGAAACUGAGAAGCACAAAGAAGAAAUCGACCACGGCAUUAAUAAACUCCACCACCGACUCUCAGGACUGGAGGGAGGUGUCUCAGGGCAUUCUUUCCCAGAGGGAUACAGGCUGUCCUUUCCAACUCGGACAAACUACAUGUACGCUGUCGUGAAACACGCCAUCCCGGCGCUGCGGGCGUUGACCGUGUGCCUGUGGCUGCGGCCCGCGGAGGGAGGGAUCGGGACGCCGCUGUCUUACGCUGUUUCCAAACAACCCAACGAACUGGUGCUGAUGCAAGGCCUGCACACCCCCGCUGAGCUGCUCAUCAAUGAUAAGGUGGCGCAGUUGCCUCUUAACCUGUCUAAAGGCAGCUGGCAGCACAUCUGUGUGACAUGGAGCCAGAAGGGAGGAGCCUGGCAGGCCUACCAGGGGGGAAAGCUGAGGGGCGAGGGGCGCGGAGUGGCCGCCGGACAUCACGUCAGACCUGGAGGAGUGCUCAUACUCGGGCAAGAGCAAGAUUCCCUAGGUGGAAGUUUUGACUCAUCCCAGGCCCUGGUGGGAGAGUUAUCCCAGGUGGGUAUUUGGGACCGGGUGCUGUCUUCCAACCAGGUGGCUAGCUUGGCCCGCUGUGGCAAAGUAACCCAGGGCAGCGUGGCCCCCUGGACCGAGAGUGGAGUGGAGGUUAAUGGUGGAGCAACGAAGGACCCUGGGGAGCCUUGUAGUAAACACAACAGGAAUUCUCAAUGACCAAUGGGGGAAUGGGAAGAGAAGGGAGGGGUAGAGUUAUAGUCCUUUCAAGAAUGGGUGGAUUUUUUAAACAACUCUAUGUGGCAUGGACUGACAAGUAAAUCAAAAAUGUAAAGUGAGGCGUUGCAGUUACUUUACCACACUUCUAGCAACCGCAUACAGUACAAUCAUUGAGGUUCACUGGAAAAUUGUGCAAUACGAGAUGAGAUUUGUCAUACAUAUAGCUGUAUUUUUGGUAGGACAAUUCACAGUAAUUUCCAAGUUCAAAAAUGAUAUAUUGUUCUGUCUCCAGAUUCAGGCGACACUAAACUAUUUGCUCAUUGGUCUUAGCUCAUCUAAAAGUUGUAAGCAAACCAGCUAGCAGACAAAGCAGCACGCAACGAAUGUUAAUGUUAAUAUGUGAAUUUAGCAAACAAACUUCUGUUAGCUAUUAAUCAGUGAUUAAUGUACAGGCAAUGACACAGUGAAUGUUAGCCUACCAAUAAUAGUAUACUAGCUAGCUAAAAAAAACUGUCACUUUCUCAGCUUUAAAGGAAUUAAGCAUUUUGUUCAGCUAGCAGACAAAUCAGUUAGCAACAAACGUGAAUGUUAAGAUUUAAUGGUAGCAGACAAUUGAACCUUCUGCUAGCUAUGAAUCAGUGGUGAUGUGUAAGCAAUGAUGCAAUGAUAGGUUAGCUUACCAAAACUAGCAUGUUAGCUAGCUUACCAAUUGUCAAUAUCUUAACAUUAAAGAAAUUGUUCAACAAUUUACUACUCUCAUGUCUUUACAGUUAAUAUCAAGCUACCGUCAGCAGCUGGCUAACGUAGCUUAGCUUGAAACCGUUAACAGCUGGUGCUAGCUUCAUACUAAGCGUAACUACACAUGUGAGUAUCGAACUUCUUAUCAAACCUUCAACAAGAUUGUAAACGAGUUAUUCCCAAAAUGUUUAGUGAUGAUUAGAUUAGUAGAGAUGUUGUCAUCUGUGCAUAAAUUACCACUCUUUAUUAAUUCUAAUGGCCUAAACUGGGUGAAAUUGAAUAUGUAUUUCACAGUUGUUGUAAGAGCUGCUGACCUCCACUAUGGCUGCUAGAAGUUGUGUAAAGCUGAAUCCCUCCAUGAGUGCAUCAAGGUCGUGUUUGAGUAAAUUAAGGGCUGCGACAGAUUUAGAGAUGGGAGUGGUAAGGUGAUGAAAGCAUUGGAGAAUGUUAAGUACCGAGGAGAAGAUGAUGAAAAAGAAAGGAAAGAGGUAAGAGAUAGAUCUGACACUUUUAAGGAGUGAUGUUACAUUGUUUUCACCUCUGCAUGAUGUAUUCAUAUAAUGUCUUGCCACUGCACUGUGCAGCUCACAAGUUUCACGAAAGAAUACAGUUCCUCCUGCAUCCAUUGCUGGUCAAAAACAAAAAAGGUCUUAUUCCCUAAGGAAAUCAAUACCACUAGCUGAAUGCUAUUAUUUUCUGGGGGCACUACACAUACUUUUGACAAGCCUUUGCCCCAUUUACAACCUCUAGCAUCUUGAAGCACACUCUUUGUUAUUUUAACAUUUUUAGGUUCAUACUUGUAUUUUCGGGUUUCCAGUAGAACAUAUUUACUUGCUUUAAAGAUUUUUCAUACUGUCUUGAUGAUGGGCUUGCAAGAGCAAUAUAGCCCACCUUUCCAUUGCCAGUUCUCAAGCUGUGUGAUGAGAUACUCAGAUGGAGGAUAUGUUAAAGAGCCCACAUGUGACAUAGGAAGAGGGGACACAUGUUAAUGGUUUGUUUAAUGACAUCACAUUUUAUGACCUGUACAAAGAUCUGACUGUGAUGUCUUAUAUCACUUGUCUUGGUCAGCAUUCCAGAUACACGAAUGUAUGUAAACAAGCACUUAAAGAGAUGAUAUGUUUUCAUGGUCUUGAAUGUAACCGUGAAACAUACAUAACAUAUACCUAGAUUAUUUUAAAACUGGCAUAAUGCAACAUCAACAUUUUUUUUAAUAUUGACUGUUUUAUUUUUGCAAUAAUAUACAUGCAACCUCUCAAUAAUGUGGUUUGAUUCGCAAACCUCUAACUCUAACAUUCCUACAUUCAUGCCCGUGCAAAAGUGACGCUUCAGAGAGGUAAGUAGAGAGUCACAGUUUGAUAUAUUGGGCCACUGACCAAGAGAGAAAACACCCUGUGGGAGAUGAAGUUAGAAACAGAUUGUUCAUUUCACACUUUCUCAAACACUGGCUCUCCUUAGCAUAAAAUAAUCCUUAGUGGAAAGUGCCUGACAGGGUGUUUGUACCCAUGUAAAAAAGAAAAAACAUCUCAUUUAAUAUUCCGUCGGAUAAUUUUUGCUGCGAGGUGAACUUGAGCUAAUUAAGCAUCAGUAUUUCUGUGAAUCCCCUGGUGGAUUUUGAAGAGUUUUUGAUGAAACAUUUGAAAACACAGGAUUUAAGUGCGGUGCCGUUGCUUAAUCAGGUCAAAAUCAUCUCGCUGUGCCUAACAGUGUCUUUGAAGAGUCCUCUCAGUCUGCAGUGUUAUUAAUGUUAUUAUGCCUGGUGUCUGUUCAGCUCCUGUAAGAGCUUUCUUUUUGGGCUUUUUGAUAGUGGUGUGAAAUUACUCUGUUUAUUGGAAUUGAAAGCUUUUUAACUCAAAGAAGUAUCGGCAAUGUUUUCUUACAUGACACAUUUGCAUUGGUUUAAUCUCAUGUUGUUGUUUGUAUAAAUACUGUAUGUCCAUGACUUGUAUGGUGUUGUAUUGUUCUAUGUGCUGUGUACAAACCUCAAAUCUGUAUUAAAGUCUUAAUUUUUAGAUGUAAA